CGGAGAGCCGCUUGCGUUGCGUUCCUGCGGGCUCGCGCGUGCAGAGCAUGAACUCCGUUGACCUGGACGCUCAUCAUCACGCGUCUCCCGCAGCGAGCCCGCCGCAGCCGCAGCCCAAGAGCGCGCCCGACAUGGCCGUGUACUGCGAGAACUUCCCCAUGUACCACCACCACCACCACCAGCACCACCAGCACCAGCAGCACCAGCACCAGCAGCAGCAGGGCGUCCCCGGCGCGCAGAGAGCGGGCGCGUACGCGCUGCCCGAGUACGCGCCCUCCUCGAGCGCGUACCUGUGGCUCAACGGGCCAGCAGGUGUGAACUCGUCCGGCCCGUACCUGCACGGCAACGGCUCGGCCCCGUUCGUGGCGCCUUCGUACGGCUCGCAGCGGCAGUUCCUGGGCGGCUCCGCGGGCUUCUCGGGCGCCGACCUCGGCUGGCUGUCGCUCGCGAGCCAGGAGGAGCUGCUGAAGCUCGUGCGCCCGCCGUACUCGUACUCGGCGCUCAUCGCCAUGGCGAUCCAGAACGCGCCCGAGAAGAAGCUCACGCUGAGCCAGAUCUACCAGUACGUGGCGGACAACUUCCCGUUCUACAAGAAGAGCAAGGCGGGCUGGCAGAACUCGAUCCGGCACAACCUGUCGCUGAACGACUGCUUCAAGAAGGUGCCGCGGGACGAAGACGACCCAGGAAAAGGAAACUACUGGACAUUAGAUCCAAACUGUGAGAAGAUGUUUGACAACGGAAACUUCCGUAGAAAAAGGAAGCGAAGGUCAGACUCUGCCGGCGGGACCGCCGGUAACACCAAAGUCGAAGACUCCCGCUCCGUUCCGCUGGUCAAGUCUUCAGAGAGCCCUUCCAUCAUGGAACCAUCAUCUCCAGCGCUGGAUACGACGAACGACGGCCCUAAAAGCGUGUCGCCCCCAGGUCAUCCUUCUAACUCCUGCUUUAACAACUUCUUCAGCAGCAUGUCAACCCUCAGCUCCAGUUCCAACAGCAGACAAGGACCAGGACCGCUAGGCCUGGUCAAUGAGCUGUCCAGCAGAAACAUCACAGGUCUCAGCCCUUACCAUGGUAACUCCUUUCAGGACAGCAGCGGUGUUGAGUUAUCAGACAGCUUGCACCUCAACCGUGGCGUUUAUUACAACUCCUUCAGCGGAGGACAGAGUGGACAGUUCAACAGUCAUUUCUAUAACAGUUUCAGUGUGAACAGUUUAAUAUAUCCCAGAGAUGGAGCAGAGGUGUAGGGGAAUUGUCUCUCUGACCGAGGACCACUGAGGAGGACUACUGAGAGUGAAGUCUAAGCCUUCAGUGUGACUUUUACCGUGGUGGUUUUUUUUUUUUUUUUUUUUUUUAAAUCUGGGACCUACCUAAUGUGCGGCAAGUGGAACGGUAAAACCCGGAACGUUCUCCAGCGUUCGGCAACUUUUACCUGCAAGUCAACAUCUUUUACAUCGCUUUUUCCACAAUUUUUAUAAAGCCAUAGAACAGGAGUUUUCAGUUGAUCAUUUCGGUAUCUUGAUAAUCAAGAUACUUUUUAGCUACAGCAAUACGGACUUCAAAAAAUCUUCAAAGAGGUUUCCAACUGGACUGAGUAGAAAAUAAAUUUAAAAUAUGACCUUUCUGCUGGCAUAGUGCAGGAUCAUGGAACACGGUGUGUUGACAAUCUGGUUUUGCUUUCGUUUUUAUUUGCUCUACUGUGUCCUCUUGAGGAAUGUAGUGUUUUUAGUCCUUCAGUGGAAUAUUAGAUCUUAGGUUAAAUACACUGGACAUUUUUCUCGUCACAGAAAUUUCUCAUUGAAACUAUGUAUAAUUGUCCUACAAAUGUAGUUCCUGUGUAAAUUAUACAUUUAUAUUGGUACUAUUUAU